GAUUGGGUGUCGCGGCUGAGGGAAGGACACGUGGCCAUAGGGGGUGCCGGAGGGCCUGAAGCGGCGGGAUGGAGGAACAGAGGAAAUUACCAAUUGACAUACAGACCAGCAAACUCCUGGAUUGGCUGGUGGAUCGGAGACACUGCAAACUGAAGUGGCAGAGCUCAGUGCUGACUGUCCGGGAGAAAAUAAACAACGCCAUCCAGGAUAUGCCAGAGAAUGAGGAGAUCAAACAGCUCCUGUCCGGAUCAUAUAUUCAUUAUUUCCAUUGCUUGAGAAUUGUAGAGAUUCUCAGAAGAACAGAAGCAUCGACAAAGAAUAUUUUUGGUGGUUAUUCUUCUCAACGGAUGAAGGAUUGGCAGGAAAUAGCGUCUUUGUAUGAAAAAGACAACGUCUAUUUAGUUGAAUUGGCCAGUUUCCUGGUGCGUAAUGUGAAUUACGAGAUCCCCUCACUGAAGAAGCAGAUCAGCAAGUGCCAACAGCUGCAGCAGGAAUACAGCCGCAAGGAGCUGGAUUACAUCAACAACGCAGCCAGUCUGCGGGAGAAGUUCUUCAGCUCCUGCAAGCAGUUUGGAAUAACGGGCAAAGAUGUCCUACAGGAGCUGCUCUCCCUGUGUAAGGACCUCCCUUCUGCCCUCGAUGAUAUCGCUGAGGGAGCCAGAAAUCUCACAGAUGUUAUACAGUUGUAUGAAGCCUGUGUGGAGUUUGUUUGUGGCCGAGUCCCUGAGCCCAUCGUUCCGCUGCUGAAGUACAUUCAGACCAAAGGAAACACAACUGUCUACGAAUGGAGAACAGGAUUGACACCAACGGCCAUCGAGCGGCCAGUCAGCAGGGAAUGUGCAGAGACACCACCAGCAGAGGACACGGACACUAUUGACUGGGGAGACAGUGGUAUGGCUGGAACUGAGGAGGCUGGUGAGAUCGACUGGGGGAUCUCAGUGGAGGGAAGUGUGGAGUUGAAUGGCCAAGAACAAGGAGCUGUCAUUGACUGGGGAGAUAACACAAGCGGUGCUGUUGAAAUCAAUGUGGUGGAGUCUGGUGAUGAAGGUGAUGGAGUGGCAAGGGGGAAUGACGCUCUCACAAUCCUGGAAAAUACAGAAACCAGAAACCAGUUUAUUAAUGAGCUCAUGGAGUUACAGGUCUUCCUGACCCAGCGACUCACAGAGAUGAGGGAGGAGGCAGACAUCCUCUCCAUAAACCAGUUUCAAACUGCUCCUGCCGCCGUCCAGAGCCAGGAUGUUGCUAAGAUCACUGCCAUGUUGACACUGGUGGGUGAUCUCGUCCAGAGACUGACUGUGGUGAAGAUGCGGCACUUGCUUCUGAUCCAUGCCUCUCCCAGGUACGUCGACCGUGUGACUGAACUCCUUCAGCAGAAGCUGAAACAGGCAGAGGCAGUGGGAGAAAAGCAACACGUCAUGGUUCGGAAGAGACAAGAGUCUCUGGAAGAGCAGGCUGACCUCGAGCCUAAACUAGACCUUCUCAUCCAGAGAACGAAAGAGCUUCGGAAGCUGAUUGAGACAGAUAUCUCCAAGCGGUAUCAGAACCGGCCUGUGAACCUGAUGGGUGUCCUUGUCUAAUCUGUCCACACGACGCUGGGGGAUAGCCGACACUUCAUGCAUUUAUUUAUUUGUUACUUGCUUGUGGAGUUAACCGUUCACACCGAAGUAGAUGGAAGAUUGGACCACGUGUUUAACACAGAAUAUUCUGGAACUGUUGCCGCAGACAUACUUUGGUAAUUCUUAGGCUUUUGGAGUUUGGGUUGCCAUCCUCUCUGUAGAGAUGGAAGAAUUUAGAAACCUUUUUGAAUACACAAAGUGUAACAGGGUCGAUAUUUGUUAACAUUUUGUAACUAACUGGAUGAAAUUCUGUUUUCUUCUCGUGGGGAGAAUUGGAUGGUUCAUGUGUGAGUUGAUGAGUAAAGCUACAAGCUCCA